AUGUCCUCAGUCCUCUGCUUCUCGCUCAAAGGAAUUCGAAGCCUCAAGAUCUCUCUGCCCAAGCUCUCAGCGGGCAUGGUCCAUCAACGGGCUGUUUCAACCUACUUACAUCAACCUUAUCUUGAAACGCUCAUGCAAGCCAUUCUAUUCGGCUUGGGAGGACCGGUGUUUGCAAGAAACCUGGUUGAUCUACAGCUCACUCUCCCAGCCACGAAGAACAUUGCGGAGGUGUUGUCGGCAAUAGCAGAAGUCAACUCCGAUGCCCUGAAACGCCUGCAGCACUUGUGCAUUGUUGUUGUAGACUUUUCUAACACCAGAGUCAAUGAUGCGGGAGUGGACAUCCCUAGCAAUCUGCAAGCACGAUUUCCCAAUUUCCGGCACCAAGAUGAAGUCUGGGAGCAAUUGGUCAAGUUUCCCAACCUCGAAUCUCUCAUGAUCCACGCUUCGGACUGUCUAGAUUUUUUCCGCCUAUCGAAUCGGCUUGAAGUUGCCCCAGAGGCCACAUUCACAAGAUUGCGGGUCCUAGACCUCACAAGUUUACUUUCGAAUUCGACGCGUAUCUCUAAAAUCACUCGGCAUGCGGUGUCACUCCUAGGGAUCCCAUACGACGAACCUGAUACGUGGGGCGACGUUUUUCGAUACAUGAGGCGGUACUGCCGGGUCUUGGAAUUUGUCUACGUGAAGGAUUUAUGUUAUUCAUGCAUGCAUCCGCUAUAUCUUCGUCCCGAGCCUGUUGCUCGUGGGAUUACGAUAUGGUCGACAUGCCUCAACUCCACUGAGGCCUUGUACACGCUCUCCGGAAACAAUGCCUUGCCAUUUACAGACGACCAUGCGGCGCUCCAUUUGCUGGUGAAGUGGGUUGCGGACCGUCUUGGAGGCCCGGCUUUCUACCCUGGGUGGCUAGUUCUACAGAACCCUGCAUAUGACGUGCAUGAAAGGCCUACCUCUAAUUCCGAUGACAGGCUUGGAAUUGAUGAUAAGAUUGCUUUGGUGAGGGCACGAUUCGAUAUGGGUGAAUUGAGAAUGUGGCCAACAAGUAGGAUGAAGAUUAUAAAGCGAAAGAAAUCAGCGAAGGAAGACAAGGAACACGAGGAAGAUGAAGAUGAUGAGGAAGAUGAGGAAAAUGAGGAGGACGAAGACGAAGACGAUGAAGACAGUCUAGUGGUGGAUGAGGCGGGCGGGGACAAGAACGAGAAAAAUUGA